AUGGGUGACGAUGUAGCACGUCUGGAUGUGCUGCGCGACCCGAAACGCAUGGCGGCGCUGCUGGCUCGCGCUCUAUCCACCUCGAUAUUAGAAGACACAACAAAUGCCAGCGCAGCUAGACGCGGAAGCAUAGAAGAAGAGGAUGAAGAGGUUGAGAAGACACAAGAAGAAUUCCAGGAGCUGGGAAGGCGAUCAGGCGCAGAAGCAUCGGGCAAAAAUUCUUCUUUGAAUCUGAUGAUCCAGUCUGCAGUCGAUGAUGAUGAUGAUGACGCUGGAGAAGAGGAUGAAGAAGACGAAGACGAAGAGAAACCACUAGACGAAGUCGAGCUAGAGGCCGCCGCCGCAGCUUUGCAAACAGCUGCGCGCAUUGUCGAGCAGUUGCGGAUCAAGAAGGCGCUUCAGACGAGUCAGACGACGGGAAACCUGCAAUUUAAUCUUGAAGAGCUGAUGUCAGUGUCGCUACAGCGAGCGCAAACAAACCCCUUGGCGACUGGUAAUGGACCAGGUGUGCCGAUGCCACAAGCGCUUUUGCGCACAAACUCGACGUGCUGUGGCUGCAGCAAGUCAUUUAAUCCAUUUCAUCGUAGCAAAAGCUGUGCAUCGUGUGGGUAUGCAUUUUGUCCGAGAUGCUCGUCGAAGAGUUUUGUAUUACCAACGCGUUUUGGAUAUGGGGAAGAAUUGAUGCGUACUUGUGAUUUGUGUGCAAGGUGGUAUCAAAAUGCAUUGGACCGAUACUUUGAAGCGAUGGAGCUGGUGACGGACCAGGAUCAUAACUCUGCAAUCCACCGCGAUAGUGUGAUACGCGAAAAUUGCCCAUCAGUGUCCAGUAACAGCAUUAUAGACCCAACACCAAGCGCAAUUAAAGAAAUAGGUUCUUUGGUAGCGAGACGUCGGUUUUCUGUUUCUUCCCCAACACCAGUACCUUGCGAUGAAAUCGUGGAUGAUAGUUGCGAUAAUGAGGAUCAGCUCAUCACAUCGGUCUCGACGACGUCUUUCAAACGGCGUCAUCGUUUUUCAUCCAUGUCAUCAUCUCCAUCGGUAAACAGGACCAAACCUUGGUUUAGUGGUCACUUGCGUGCAAUACAUGUGAAUGAUCGACUUCCACGAAAAAGAAGAGCUCGAGGAGAUAGCGAAGGGGGUGAGACUGUAAAUAAUAGUCCUAAUUUGCUGUCGCAGCAAUCUCGCUCAAGCAGUGUGACGUCUUCCAAAAGCAGAUACAUAGACGAAUCUGCACAUGAUACACGUGGUCAGCGAACAUAUUUAGUGGAAAACAGUCCGAUCGAUUUGCAAGAUGGAGCAUACGUGGUAGGUGCUUCGCAAAGCUCACAUAUUAAGGGCAAGGAACCACGAUUGACAACUUCUGAGAAGCCUGUUGUGGAAACUGUAUGCACUAAUUCUACGCGACCUCAAAGGAAAACUCGAUCCAAAUUCUCGAGAUCAGCAAGUUUUGAUCUAACAAAUCUACACGCUGCUGUAUCGCCUAUUUCAUCGCUGGAAUCACCAGGAAUGGCACGCUCUAAUACAUUUGGUUCAGAUGAAGGGAAAAUGUUUGCUCUUGACGUUGGUAGCAAUGGUAGUGGUCGCUCGAACAGUUUGCGGUCACAGAAAGCUUUCGAUGACAGUGAUAUCGUAGAUGAGCGUGCAAAGCUAGAUUCUGCAGAUGUAAAGUUGAAAAGCGAAGCAAAGCUUUCAGCAGCGGUAUUGCGGUUUGCAGUCUACGAAAUGGGUGGAAAAGAAAGCACGGGAUUGCGCAGGACUUUUGGAUUUGCAAAAGCAAAUCCGGUACUGGAUCGGUACACGCUAGAGUUCGAUUGUCGCCAACGAAUUGUUCGAGCGAAAUCCGUAUUUCUGCAUCGUUUCUGGUCGUUUCAUUGCGACUCUGUUCAAUCAUUUAGUUUUGGAACCUCAGAUGGAAUGGCACAUCUUAUCAUAUUUAAUGGGGGACAAGGCAAUCUAUCGCUUAAGCUGAAAUUUGCAAAUGAUGAUGAACGAGAGCAAUUCAAGCAGGCUUUAGAUAGUUGUCGAUCCACAACACUGGAAAGGAUACGUGAGUUUGCAACACGAAAUGCAAUGUCACUUCCUGCGUGGCCUGAAUGUCCCGCAUCUCCUGCAUUAGACGACAUUCAUUCGCCGACGCCCCCAGAGCCAAACACUACGUAUUCAGCAAACGCGUCGACGACGGUCGAGUCAGAAUUGAGUUUGACACAUGAUACAAAUUGUAGCAUUACAGCUGACUUUCCGAUGUUGCAGUCGAUUCACGUGCCGCUAUUACCUGGAGAAGCUGUGGUCAAAGACACGGAGCUACAAGCAACAUUGCUUAUCGGCCCGGCUAGUGAGACAUAUGAAUCCGCUCAGGCGGAGGCUACAUAG